UAUACAAUUUAUAUAUUUAAAAAAAUAUAAAACAUGAAGAUCGUUUGGAGAUUGGGAAUUGUGCUGCUAUAUCCAUUACUAAUAAAAGUGCCUCCGAAUACAUGCUCGCUAAGUUAUACUGCGGCAGUUGUCGAAUACACUCCGAUUUAUAAAUCGGACGAACAAGUUAAUAUAGCAAAUUUGAACACAAAGCAUUAUAUAAAAAUUAUAGAGAAAGCCGUUGAAUACUCUGUCGAUAUUUUAAUAUUUCCUGAAUCGAGCUUAUCAAUUUCCAAUUCGAAAAAUUUAACGGUUCGACGAAGUGAAGCCGCUUCUUAUAUUCCAGAUCCGCAAGAUAAAAUUGUUCCUUGUAACGAUGCGAAUAAUUAUCCUGAUUCUCUAAAGAACAUAUCAUGUGCGGCAUUAAAGCAUAAGUUAUAUAUAGUGAUAAAUCAUCGUGAAAAAUUUGAUUGCGUUGGAGAUAAUUGCUCGGACGAUGGCUUGCUCAUUUAUAACACUAAUGUCGUUUUUAAUCGAAAUGGUGAGGUUAUUGCUAGAUACAGGAAGUACAAUCUGUUUGGUGAGCUUGAUACAAACAGGACGCUGGAACCGAUUAUCUCAACUUUUGAGACUGACUUUGGCGUCACUUUUGGCCAAAUCAUCUGCUUCGACAUUAUGUUUAAAACGCCGACGCUAAAUCUUGUUCACGAUUUGGGAAUAAGGGAUAUUAUAUUUUCAUCACAUUGGUAUUCAGAAAUGCCGUAUUUAUACAGUGUUCAACUACAAGCAAGUUGGGCAUUUGCCAAUGACAUAAAUCUGCUAUCUUCUGGAUAUAAUAAUCCAAAAACUGCUAGCGGAGGCAGUGGAAUUUAUAUUGGUCGAAACGGAUACGUCAAAAUUAUUUUGGAAAAUAAGAGAUCUAACGUUCUUUUUGUAUCGGAAGUUCCAAAAGUCAUUGAUGGAAAACGUCUAUUAAAUAUUAAUGCUGAAAGGGUCAAAAUUUAUAAUUUCUCCAAAUCCGAAAUUAGUACGACAGAGCCUGAUGUCUAUGAGAAAUAUUUUCACCUUAUUGAUGAUCUUAAUCCUUAUACUACCGAAUUAAUUAAUACGGAAUCGAGAUUGAGCUCUUAUGAGAAAACAAUAUGCGAUCGGAAUGUCUGUUGCGAAUUAAAAUUAAAAUUUCAAUUUCAUAAAUCUACGGCUAAUAAGAGUUCUUCUAAUUAUUAUAGAUACCGAGCAGCUGUUUUUAAUGGGACGCGGACUUUUAGUGGUUUUGCAACUGGUGGCGUUACAGUUUGUGGAAUAAUUUCUUGUAUCAAUAAUACUCUGCGCAGCUGUGGAAAAAUAUUUGAUCAAAAUGUAUAUGCUGACGCAUCAACGACUUUUCAGUCGAUAAACAUUUCAAUGAAAAAUAUCGAUUCUCAAAACAAUAUAAUUAUGCCAAUAAGCAUUGCAAAAAAUAUGCUACCAUUAAACGUAACCGAUUUCACAUUUCAAUCUGUGAAUCUUAAAAACACUACGACUUACAAUAUGAAUUUGCAAAAUCCAAGGGAUGAUUUACUCACUUUUUCUAUUUAUGGACGAAAUUUUGAUUUGGAUUCGUUAAAUAAAACGGGCAUUGAUUCGAAGUAACAUUUACAAUUUUUUCAGAUCAUUAAUUAUGGAAGUUGAAUCGACAUGUAAACGUGUUGAUUUGUAUUAAUAGAGCAUUAGUAAAUAUGAAUUAAUAAAAAUUUCAUUCGGCCAUAAUGGUAAUUUGAAAAUAUAUCCAUUCGGACGAUCAAUUACUAGUGAAUUUAUUUCAACGUCUUAAAACGUAUAUGUACAUCGAGUUAUGCUGUUUAAAUAACUAAUAAUUUAAUG